AUGAUGUCCUUCUCUCGUCUUCCAGCAGCCUUGAAGUGUAUACAAGGCUAUAAUGCUACCCAAGCUCCGACAGAUUGUAAAAAUGCUUCAGACCCCUGUGUGACCAUCAAGAACGAGAACACACUGACUGGUAAGGAAGCGUUGGAAGAAGGAGAGGGUCAGGGAAGCCUGACAACUAUUUGGCAUCAUGUGGUUCCUCCUAGAGGCUUUGAGAAUGAUCAGGAAUCAGCAUGACAAUUGACAGGGUCGAUGGAUUGCCCAGUGGUGUGCCGUGGGUUGCUGGCACCCGGGGCAGGCAAGCAGCCAAUGCCUCAUUGGAGCCAAAUGGGGCUGUGCGACAGCACUUGCCUGUCCACACAACUCAGCUCUUGGUGGGGGACUCCCCUGAUGCUUGUGAAGAAGAGUGCCGUGCCGUACUGUGCUAGCCUCCCUCCACCCACACCCAGUCCCUGAGGCUGCUUUGCUGUCUUCGCUUAGGCAAGGUGGGGAUCCCUGAGGAAGCCGGAGCCUGUCUGCAGAAUUUUGCACCUGGGGCUACUGCCUCCUGCCUCCCUGGUCCCCCCACGCUAUGCCACUGGUCUUGCCUCUAGUAGGGGUGCUGUUAAGGAGGCAGUUAUGCCUAAGGUGGUUUUUGGUUCCACCUGCUGGAUGGUAAUGAUGGCUCAGACCUGUGUAUUAUACUGUACAUGCAUGCCAAGGGCACAAAUCCCUUUACUUAAAAAUACACUACAAUGCACCUAGUAACAAGUAAUGACUGGUUGCAUUGACAGAAAUAUAAGAAGCUGUCUUAUGCUGAGGCAGACCACUGGUCUAUCUAGUUCAGUAGUGUCUGCACUGACCAACAGAGGCUCUCUAAAGUUCCAAACAGGAAGCCUUUUCCCCACUUCUACCUUGAGAUGGUGUGAUUCAACCUGGGAUCUUGGUCACCAAAAGCAGAUGCUCCUAUGUUUCUAUGAUUAUGCUGACUUCUGGUCUGAUCUACAGGCUCUUAUACUCUGGGAGGCCAUAUUCCCUUGGGAGUACUUGGAACCAAGGUGGAAGGGCAAGGCAGAGUAGAGACAAUAUAGAAGAAUUCUGGGGAAUGGGGUCACUUGACCUGUUGUUUGUCUUUCCCCUCUUCCGGUAAACAGGGGUCACGUUUACUACAACAUUCUAUACAUGUGGGGGAAAUGAUUCUUGUGCCAAUGCUUUCACCGUCACCAUUGGAGAUAAUGCAUAUCUGCGAUACACCUCGGCUUGCUGUACCACAGAUGGCUGCAAUGCAAACUUAAAAUGGGGAGGUAAGUCAUCAUCUGCCCCCUCUCUGACAACAGAAUUGCAAAUCUGGGUCCCUCCAGAUGUCAUUUUCCUGGUGCACCCAGGUUGAUUUCUACUCAUGAUGCUAUUGGGGUGGUCUCAAUCAUUUCAAUAAGGUUUGCGUGUGCAAAUGUUGUGGGCUAGUCACAUGGCUUCAUUUCCAAUCAGUGCGCAUCCCAUUACUUCCUGUGGAACCCCCUUAACUUUUCAUUCUACAAAUGUAUUGGUUUAUGUUUUCCCCACUUUUGUUGCUCUAUAGCCAGCCCCUCCAGCCAGUGAUAAUGAUGCAGCAGAACUGGGGAAGCAUCACUGAACAAAUGAAAGCAGGAUAAAUCUGCCACAAAUGAAGUUAUUGUUUCAGGAACACGUUGCAAAAAGAAAUUAGAAAUUGUUAUAACGAAAGAAAAAAACUCUACGUAAAAUCAUGUAGAAAAGUUUUCUGCUCUAUGGUGCCACCUGGUGUCACAGAGUUAUAAUGAAUAUAAAACUCUCUUUCCUUACUAAUAUAGCUGAGUCCAUACACAAUUUGCAUUUGAAAUUGGUAGGAAUAGCAUGAAGUGUAUGAAGUUUUAGUCCCUCUACCUGUUCUCAUCCUAAUGUAAGGGAGGGAUGAAAGUUAUCUCUGGACCUCAUUUUUCUGACAAAGAAAAUGUUAGAAGAAAACAACAUCAAAAUAAAGUGUUUGUGGGGGAAAGGUCUCUGUGGGUCACUGAUGGAGGAAGAGGGGGAGCCAGGGGAGUGCACCGCUCCUGGCACCACGAUCCCGGUGGUGUGCAAUCACGGCUGCCCCCCUGCACUGGGCGCUACGCCCCUGCGGGUAGCGCACCAUGCCCCCAGGAUGUGUGCCACACCCCCGGGAUGCACACCAGUCACGCCCCCACCUCCUCUCCGCCCCUGGUUCCGUAGCAUGAAGCUCCGCCACUGCUGUGGGUGCCUGCAUAUUGCCAACCACCACUACCCCCUCAAUUUGGGAAUGGCGUCCAUAACAAGCAGGUGUUGAUAGACAGGUGUGGGGAACCAGUGGCACUCCAGAUGUUGCUUAACUGCACCUUCCCUCAGCCCCAACAAGCAUUGCCAAUGGGAAAGGAUGUUGCAAGUUGGUAGUUUACCAACAUCCGGAGGGCCAAAGUUUGCCCACACCUGGCAUGAGAAGAAGGAACUCUGAGUGUGGGACAGGAUUGUGUGGGGAGAAGCUGACCUCCUAAUAAUGGUGUUUCUGUGGCCUGCCUGGAAGGGACUAGGGUGGGUUCAGAAAGAUAUGGGUCUACGGUGAGCCAGUCCAGGGCUCCCGCUGUUGCAUUCACACAACUCCAACCUCCUGCAUCUUUUUCCUGCUCCAUCAUGUGCAAGAGAAGACUGCUGUUUCCCAUCUCACUUCUAGCACACACCAGUAGCAGCCACUGUGAUGUGAUGGAUCAGGCAGGGCAGUUGCAUGGAUGCUUGGCAAAGCUCCAUACAGGUAAACAGCAGAAAUGCCAGCAUUAGGAGACUUGCUUCACCCCAACACACUGGCUGCUACUGGUGCGUGUGUGAAUCAAGCCUUUUAAGGAACCAUCAGGCCUCUUCUUAAAAUCCUAUUUAGAAAUUCCCCACACCACUUGCUUCUCUCUUCUUUGCUUCCUAGUUCCUCCAGCUUCUUCGGCAAAGAAUGGGCUGGUUUGCUCAACUGGAUGUUUCACUGAGACACAGGAACCCUGCAAAGGCGGAAAAGUCUCAUGCACAGAUGCGGAAAAUACUUGCAUCAGCGUAACAGGAAGAUAUGGCCCUAAGAAAGGUACUUAGCAGGGGAGGAAGAGGGAUUGCAUGGGGUAGAGGGCGCAGGUGGGAGGGGAAUGCUGCCUCUGGAGCAUCCAGAGAUGGACCAACCAUGAGCCAAGAUGAGAUGGACACCUCAGGUGGCAGAGCGAGAGACCUGCUGCCCUGAACCCCAAGUAACAAUCUUCCAGGGUGUUCUCUGAUGCAAACAUCAUUGAAAUGAACAAGUGCUGUGCCAGAGCAUGCAGGGAUUGUAUCCAUGAUAAGGUGCUAAUGACUUGUGUGCAUUGUCCUUUGGUGCACUAAAAUGUCUUGGGUGAGGGGUUGAAUUUGGGCUCCUUCACAUAAGUCAUUUUCAAAUGAGUAGAACCUUGAGAUUAUCAAGCUACCGUAUUUUUUGCACCAUAACACUCACUUUUUUCCUCCUAGAAAGUAAGGGGAAAUGUCUGUGCGUGUUAUGGGGGGAAUGCCUACGGGUGGCAUGCCUACGGAUUUUCCUCCUCUAAAAACUACAUGCGUGUUAUGGUCGGGUGCGUGUUAUAGAGCGAAAAAUACGGUAAAUGUUGGAACAUUCAGAUUGGCCAAAUAAGGAAGUCUUGUAUGAGUCAGAAUUAGGUACAUGUAAAGGAAUAGAAGGCACAUUUCUAUUGUAGAGCAGCUAAAGGAUUUUGUGAGAUGAUACGCAAUGAGAUGAAAAAAAAAAUUAAGAGGACUCUCCCAAAAAGACCAGAAGCUUUUCUUCUAGCAAUAUUUGGACCAGAUGUACCAAAGAAUCAAAGGAAUUUGUUUCUGUAUGUGAGAAUACUAGAUGCUCCAAAAUGGUGGGAGGAUGCUGUACAUAUGAAAGAGGAGUGGCAGUUGAAAUUGAUGGAAUAUGCUGAAUUAGCAAUUUUAACUAGUAAAAUUAGAGAACAAGACGAGACAGCCUUCAAGGAGGAUUGGGAAAUGUUUGUAGAUUAUUUUUUAAAAAAUAUUGUAAACAUGUUAAAAUGCUAGCAGGUUUGGAGUAAGCUUAGCAGUAAAAGUUAUUCAGAUAAUAAGGUGGAGGAAAGAAGGUAUAGAAUAAUUACAAUAUGCAGCAGCAAAAGAUAAUUUGAAGAAACCAAGGAAGGGUGGAAGGGAAGUUGAUUACCAAGGGAAUACAUACUGGAAAAUGUUUGACUAGUUGUAUUUUAUUUUUUGAAAUUUAUAAAUAAAAUUUAUAAACAAACAAACAAAUAAGCAUUCUUCGCCUAGUGCAUAGUUAAAUGAUGGGAUUCGGUCUUAUAAGAUGUAGGGAUGAUGGCCACCAUCUUGGAUGGCUUUCAAAAAGUAUUGGACAGAUUCACGGAGGAUAAGACUGCCAAUGACUAUUAACCAUGUCUACUUGCAGAGUCCAAGUUCAACCUGAAGGGUUGUGGAACAAGAAACGUAUGUGAAUUCAAGGGCAAAGAUGUGCUCAUUAAUGGAACCAGCUACUCAGUGGAAAAGGCAACCUGUGAGAAUGCUAAAUCCUCCAGCACCAAGCAUAUCCUGGGGAAGAGUUCCUUCCUCCUCCUGCUACCCAGUAUCUCCAGCAUUCUCUUUAUGAAGUUUCUCUCCUGAGUUUUAUUCCCAUGCCAGCCAACUUGUAGGAUCCAUGCCGUGAGCUUUUGGGCAUCGGAAUGGACAGAUCUGUCAAGUUCAGUGCUCUUAAGUUUCUCAUUUUUAAAAAAAUCUUAAAUUCUUUUCUCCACAAUACUACAACAAUCUGCUUUUUUUAAAAAAAAAGCUAUUGAAAAUCAAUCCACAUUUUAGCAUAAAUUUCUCCUAAUAAGCACAAUUUGUAAUUGCAGUUUAACCAGUAUAGAGUUUUGCUAGCAUUUCUCCCUAAUAUAAAGCAUUUGUAUACAGUGGUACCUCGGGUUAAGAACUUAAUUCAUUCCGGAGGUCCUUUCUUAACCUGAAACUGCUCUUAACCACUUCAGUUAAUGGGGCCUCCCGCUGCCGCUGCCCAAUUUCUGUUCUCAUCCUGAAGCAAAGUUCUUAACCCGAGGUACUAUUUCUGGGUUAGCGGAGUCUGUAACCUGAAGCGUCUGUAACCCGAGGUACCACUGUAUAUGAUAUUAUCACCAAAAUAUGCACUGUUGGCACUUUCUCCACAUAAAUGCACUUUUGUAUACACCGUUUGGUUUAUGAACUACAUUGCAAAAUUCUGAGAAAUGUGAAAUUUGAAGGCUGAGUUUUAGCUUGCGUAUUGAUCUGGGAAGUGCAAAUGAGUUAGUUUCUCAUUAAAAUGUAGACAAAAUUGAAUUCCUUCCUCAUCUCAACUUGGAGACCGCGAUGCCUCCCCAUCCUCCUCCAGGUUUUUUUUCCAGGGUUACCGUCUGUUUUCUGAAUGAAAGUUUGCAGGCCCAAUAAAGAAUAAUCAGGGACUUCUGGCUUGUCGCCACCAAGAUGGCUGAAAUUCCAUUGCAGCCACUCGCAUUAGUAAUUAGAGGUUAAGAUGGGAGUAAUCAGCCUCCCAACCCCCCCAAGGUUCGGGGGGGCAGUCUCAUCCACAGUUUGCCCAACACCUGGCCCCAAAUUCGGAAGGAAUGAGGGGCCGGGGGGCGCUGGAUGCAUAGCACAGUGCGUUUCUUGGCAACUCUCCAAAGCUGUCUCCGUGAGCGACAAACCUCCAUUUCUUAAGAUGAAAAAUUGGAUUCAAAUUAUGGACAUUCUCUGAGCGAUGAUGGGGAAAAUAUUCUGCUAAUUGCCAGCCACUGAGGUGCUAAAAAAGGAUUUGAUCGGAAGAUGGACUAUUAUUUGCGUGGAGGUAUGAUGGAACGGAAAAGGGGGGGGGUGAGCCUUAUUGUUUUCAUUAUGCUUUGUUUUACUAUGUUACUCUGCAAAAUCACUUCUGGUUUGGCUACUUGAUUAACUAUGAAGCAAGUGAGAUUGAAAAGUUUGGUAUUUAUUGAUAUAAAGUGGGUUUAACAAUCAUCAACUGCGUGGAGACAACAAUUAUUUUAAACAAAAAACUAAGGAUUGUGACUUUUGGCUUGUUAGAAAAAGAUUUCCUGGUUUGAUUUAUGAUAUUGGCAUAGAAGCAACAUCUCAUUAACAGCUGGAGAGAUGCCGAAGAACUUGGGAUGACUGCCCGGGAUUUAUGACGCAGUCUUAAUAGGCCGCCAUUAUGGAUGGAAGUGCAGACCAGUUUGUUGUUAAAGUGUAAAGUCAUGGGGGAGGUGGGUUUUCAAUAUUCUAUGUUUGUAUUUUUAACUAAAACCCUUCCCUGGAAAGGCUAACGUUUGAAUGACAACUGGUUUGGGAAAAGCAUAGGGCAGAUGCCUUGAUUGGAUUUCAUCUGGACAGAAUAGACUGGACAUCUGCAUUUGCAUGUAAUGGGAGGAUUCUUGGACUGAUUUGGCAGAAAUACCAGCCUGUGAAGAGAUGCUGUGAACCUAUAUGGGGGAAUCCUGGAUAUAAAACCACACAGAAACGUAUUGUUUGAUUUAUCUCGCUUGUUGGAAGAACUCAGAGGCUGUGGAAAAUAAUGAGGAUUAACAUCAAAUGACUUAUGGGAAUCAUUGGAAAUGAAUAUGAGAAGCAGUAGAAGUAUGAGAUGAUCAGAUUCCCUCCGACCUCAGAGCAUGGGGAAGUCUCCCUGAAAAAUUUAUAAUUUGACAUAAUAUUUGGAUUGUUUAAUUAUUGAAUAAUUUGUAUAAUUUGGAAUAUAAGAUGUGAUUUGAUUGGAAUGUUAAAAUGGAAAAUUUAAUAAAUAUUAUUUAAAUAAAAAUAAAAAUAAAGAAUAUUCAGUCCAAAAACGGUUCUAUUUGUUUCUUCCAGAUGGCAGUCAAUAAGAGUUUUAAGAAGGCUUUAGCACUAAGGGGAGGUCCCAGUCAGAGGGUUCUUGCAUGGUUGGGUGGGGUGGCGCGGGUGAGUCUACAGAGGAGAAUGUUGUGUUUCUUCCUAAUGUAACUUUGUAUUGAUUCAAAAAGUGAUUUGGCCAGUCUGGGGCAAAGCAACACUCCUUAUGUCUAUCCAAGAUUAUUCUAUAUAUAAAAGAGAUGAAUCUCAAUUAAAACAAAUGAAGAAACUAAAACCCCAAAUCAGAAGCAAGUCCCACUACCAUUCCAGCCAUGCCUAUGCUCCUAUCCACAUCUCCAUUUUGUCAAGCAAGAGGCAUGAGCACAGCUCAAGGACAUAAACCAGAGAGUGGAGCCCAGCUGGUGAACAGUAGCAGAUUCAGAAGUGUCGGGUUCCUUCAUAGUAGGCACCAGUGAGAGCAGUGAAUGUCCUGGCUGAGUGCAUGGAGGUGGUUGGAGGAUGGAUGGUGGUCAAGGGAUUGAGGUUGAACCCGGACAAGAUAGAAGCACUGUGUGUGAAAGUGUUUAUGGGAGGAGCUAAGGGCUCCAAGUCUGCAAUCUAAAGAGACAGAGCAGCUGGGGGAGAGAAAAUAAGGAGGACUCCAACUUUCUCACUUUUAAAACCUGCCAAGAUUUUGAGACCUGCAAGGUGAUAACUGAGCGAUCCAUAAACUCAGAAAACUGCAAAGCACUAAUCAGCUUUUGCAAAAUGCUGCGCCUUUGCCUUCCAUGCUUGAAUUCAUACUGUGUGGGCAAAAAUGGAUCACCUGACCUCAUGGGGACAUCAGCUGAUUUAUCGUUGGGCAGCACACCCACCCACCCACCAUCAAAGUUGGCCCAUUCUCCUGAUCAAGUUUCCCAACCCUGCAAUAAAUUCAAGUGGAGAGAGAGGGAGGGAGGGAGAGAGGGAGAAACACCAGCUCAGUAACUAUUGACAGGGAUGGAGACCCUAUGCUGCCCCCUCUUGAUUUUGCUGAAUUACACCUCCCACAAUUCCUUACUGUUUCAAGCUGGCUGGGGCUGAUAGCGACUGGAUUUCAGCAAGACUUGGAUGGCCAGCUCUGCUGUGGACUGAUAAGCAGAAGCUGGAAGAGCAAACUGCUGAUCUCAUAAUCAUGUCAGACAGCAGGUGUUUUCCCUGGCCGGAUUUCCCUGGAUGUUUAGCCAAUUUCUGCCUGGACAGUUUCCGACAGCAGCUUGCCAGCUGUGUCAGGGAAAUUCUGGACAUAUGGCAACCCUAACAGCCGUCAUGUUCUCACCUUCAAAACCUGGGGGGCGGGCAGGGCUAAUUGUGAACAGUAGGAGCAGGAUUGCAACUCUACCUCUUCCCCAGACUUUUGGGUGUUAAGCUGGGUGCAUGCGAAUAGAGGUUUCUCUAGUCCUCAUGAGUGAAUGGAAGCAGACAUUUCUAAUAUGUAGUCAUAUGUACAUAGAGCCUGUUCUGAUCUGUGGCUGAACAUGUUGAUGCUGCAGGCAGGGUUAAUUAUUUGCCUUGAGAGCAUAUUUAAACUUCUUUUGUUGUCUACCAGCAUUAUGCUAGCCAUUCUUCCCAUUUUUUAAAUUAUAAUUUUCAGGUUUAUAUAUUUUAAUAAUUUAAUAUCUGAACAGGAAGUAGAAGGUGCCAUACAAAAUAUGCAAUUGGGCAAAUCUCCAGGACCGGACGGGCUGACUUCCAGAUACUAUAGAUCUUUGAAAGAGUGGUUACUGCAACCUUUGAAGGAAGUCUGCAAUGAAAUACUGGAGGGGAAAAGGGCACCAGAAUCGUGGAAAGAGGCGUACAUCACACUUAUACCGAAAACAGAGACUGAAAAGACUCAGCUUAAGAACUAUCGCCCUAUAUCGUUACUUAAUGUGGAUUACAAAAUUUUUGCAGACAUUUUGGCCAAGAGAUUGAAAAAUAUUGAUGAAAGAGAUUCAUAAAGACCAAGCGGGCUUUCUCCCGGGAAGACAUCUGUCUGAUAACUUGAGGAAUAUAAUUGAUAUUUUGGAAAAAUUAGAAGUGAAUAUAAACACCAAAGCAGUAUUGAUAUUUGUUGACGCGGAGAAAGCUUUUGAUAAUAUCUCUUGGAGUUUUAUGAAGAAGAAUCUGCAUGGGAUGGGGGUAGGCCAAGGUUUUGAAAAUGGUAUAGGUGCAAUAUACUCUGAACAAAAGGCUAAAUUAAUUGUAAAUAAUGUGGUUACGGAAGAAUUUAAGAUAGAAAAAGGGACACGACAGGGGUGCCCAAUUUCCCCACUGCUUGGUAUAUCGGUCCUGGAGGUUUUGCUAAAUAUGAUUAGAAAGGACCGGUUGGUUAAGGGCAUACAGGUCGGAGCUAAACAGUAUAAAUUGAGAGCAUUUGCAGAUGACCUAGUAUUGACGUUACAGGAGCCAGAAUCUAGUACUAAAAGAGUUUUAGAAUUAAUUCAGGAAUUUGGUCAGGUGGCAGGUUUUAAAUUGAACAAGUUAAAAACUAAGGUUUUAGAGAAAACACCGAUUGAAAGAGAGAGGUUUCAGAAUGAGACAGGAUUGAAUGUGGUAAAGAAAGUGAAAUACUUGGGGAUUAAUAUGACAGCCAAAAAUGGGAACUUAUUUAAAGAUAAUUACGAAAAAUGUUGGACGGAAGUGAAAAAGAUUUAGAAAUUUGGUCAAAUUUGAAACUCUCGUUGCUGGGCCGUAUUGCUGUGAUAAAGAUGAAUGUAUUGCCUAGAAUGUUGUUUUUGUUUCAGACAUUACAAAUUGUAGAUAAGAUGGACUGUUUCAAGAGGUGGCAGAGAGAUAUUUCUAGAUUUGUCUGGCAGGGCAAGAAGCCCAGAAUAAAAUUUAAGAUAUUAACUGACGCUAAGGAAAGAGGUGGAUUUGCCCUGCCAGACCUUAAACUUUAUUAUGAAUCAGCAGCUUUUUGCUGGCUGAAAGAAUGGCUACUUCUUGAAAACACAGACAUUUUGGAUUUAGAAGGUUUUAACAAUGUAUUUGGAUGGCAUGCAUAUUUAUGGUAUGAUAAGGUCAAAGCACACAAAGCAUUCAAAAAUCAUAUUGUUAGGAAAGCAUUGUUUAAUGUCUGGAUAAGAUACAAAGACUUAUUGGAAAAUAAAACCCCAAGGUGGCUGUCAUCAAUGGAAGCAAAAGCUCUGAAAAGGCUCAAUAUGGAGGCCAAAUGGCCGACAUAUUGGGAAAUUUUGGAGCAAGAAGGAGAUAAAUUGAGACUGCAGAGUUUUGAAAAAUUAAAAAUAAAGUGAGAGAUUGGCUCCACUACUAUCAGAUAAUGGAGGCAUAUAACUUGGAUAAGAAAAUAGGCUUCCAAGUGGAAAAGUCAAAAUUAGAAACAGAAUUGUUAGAACCCAAAACUAAAAAUUUGUCAAGAAUGUAUAACUUGCUGUUGAAAUGGAAUACUCAGGAUGAAACGGUGAAAUCUGCUAUGAUUAAAUGGGCACAAGAUGUUGGACAUAACAUUAUGUUUGCGGACUGGGAACAGUUAUGGACCACAGGUAUGAAGUUUACGGCAUGUAAUGCCUUAAGAGAGAAUAUUAUGAAAAUGAUAUACAGGUGGUACAUGACCCCAGUCAAGCUUGCAAAAAUUUAUCAUUUGCCCGAUAAUAAAUGUUGGAAAUGUAAAGAAACUGAAGGUACAUUCUUUCACCUUUGGUGGACGUGCCCAAAGAUUAAGGCUUUCUGGGAAAUGAUAUACAAUGAACUGAAAAAGGUAUUUAAAUAUACCUUUCUGAAGAAACCAGAGGCCUUUCUCUUGGGCAUUGUCGGCCAACUGGUGCCAAAGAAGGAUAGAACCUUUUUCAUGUAUGCUACAACAGCAGCAAGAAUACUUAUCGCAAAGUAUUGGAAGACACAAGAUCUACCCACUUUGGAAGAAUGGCAGAUGAAGGUGAUUGACUACAUGGAAUUGGCGGAAAUGACUGGCAGAAUCCGAGACCAGGGAGAAGAGUCGGUGAAAGAAGAUUGGAAAAAAUUUAAGGACUAUUUACAGAAAUAUUGUAAAAUUAAGGAACUUUAGAAGGAUGUUGGAUAGAAAUUAAGAGGUUUUUAGCUGUAAUGCUUUAAGAGACAUGAAAAAAAAAAUUUUAACAAUUGGGUAAAAGAUUAAUGGUAAGGAUUUGCUGAACCAACAAACUGAAUUGGAAUACAAAGAAGGGAGGUAUGAGGAGGUCUGGGGAAAUAAGAGUAAGGAAGAUAGGUUAUGGAACAUCAUUGUGUUUUUAAUUGUUUUAUUUUGUAUGUUUUUUCUUACUUUUUACUUUUUUGCUGUAAUUUAUACUUUUUUCUUUGUUUUCUGUAUUUUUGUGAAACUUUAAUAAAUAUCAUUAAAAAAAUAUAUAGAAUUUUCAGGUUUAUAUAUUUUAAUGAUUUUACAGUCAUUUUAACAUUUUAAAACUUGGUUUUCUUCCCCCCAUUUUCUGUGAUUCCUUACAUUUAUUUUUAAUAUUUUCUGCAUAUCCAAAUUAACUUAAUUUGUUCAAAUAUACAAAAAAAUUAAAAAAAUGUCCAGUAGCACCUUAGAGACCAACUAAGUUUGUUCUUGGUAUAAGCUUUCAUGUGCAUGCACACUUCUUCGGACGAAAGCUUACCAGACAAUUUGUUUAUUUUUAAUAUAUUUUGACUGCAUCAGACCAACACAGCUGCCUACCAGCUCCCAUCCUACCCUUAACUCUUUUGCCUUGGAUGAAGGGAAUAUUGGAAAAAUGAAAAUUUGUUCAUUUAUUCAUCUACUUUAACUAUACACUUUUAUGAAACUGCAGGUUAUUACAUUAAUCCUGCCAGUGUCCUGAUCUGUUUACAAUUUGUUUGUAAAUAUUCAAUAAACCAUUUCCAUUCUUUUAUAAAAAGUUUGUUAUCUUGUUUUCUUAUUUUUCCGGUCAGUUUCGCCAUUUUUGCAUAUUCCAUAAGUUUUUGUAUCCAUUCUUCUUUUGCUGGGAAUUCUUAUUCUUUCCAUUUUGGGGCAAGCAACAUUCUUCCUGCUGUAGUAGCAUACAUGAAUAAGUUUCUGUACAAUUUGGGUAGUUCUGUCCCUAUAAUUCCUUUUUUUUUACGGUGACCAUUCUUGAGUCGGGAAUAGAGUAGUUGCUUUGGAAGACGAUAGUCAGGCAUCCGAACAACACAACCAGUCCAGUUGAUGUUGAGCAAUCUUUGCUUCAACACUGGUGAUCUUUGCUUCUUCCUGUACAGUGGCAUUAAUUCACUUGUCUUCCCAAGUUAUCUGUUAAAUAUGACACAUUGAAGCUGAACAUUGGCAGGUUGGAUGCCUGAGCCCCCUUCUAAUUCCUGGAUCCAGCACAGAUUCAAUUCCUGGAACAACCUGCUUAGCUUGAGGCCAUGGCCUUCUAAGUAUGGGCUCCUAAAGUAAGAAAGGAAGUGGCUCUGUGCCAGGCGACAAAUGGUUCGGUCCCCCUCCCUUGACUUGCUGGUAGUUAGAAAGACAAAGAGCAGAGAGAGUUGUGUGAGAGCUAGAAGCUGGAAGCAAAGUAGCAGGCCGGGAAGCCAGAGAGACAGAGCCAUGGCUGGUUUCUCUUUGAUGCCAAGGCUGUGGCAAUGGGAGAAGCAAGACCCUCUUGGCAUGUUAGUGCUAUGAAUCCCUCCAUUGUAGGCUCAGGUUGUAUAUAUGUGCAAAAAAGAACCCAAAUAUCAUAAAGACACCACUGUCUCUGCUGCCCAUUAUUGCAAAGGAAACAUGAACCCUGGGUAAGCGCCAGGAACCACAGGAAUCUUGAACCGCUAGGAGAUUGGGGUGGCAUCAUAGGUGUCCACUCCCUGGGGACCUGGUUGCCCAACCCCCAAAAAAAUUCCCCAUGAAGGGGCCGGGCAGCCACAAAUUUUGGUGUUGCAUGGCACCCACAGUCCUAGGCACCCACGCUUGUGGGGCCAAGCCAACACUCCUGGGUGGCAUGCAACACUGGGAACCAGAGUAGGGGAGAGUUCUCUUGUGCUUAGUUUCUGCUUGCAGGUUUCCCACAGGUGUUGGUGCGACCACUGUGAGAACAGGAUGCUGGAGUAGGUGGGCUAUUGGACUAGUCCCACAUCGUUCUUAUGUUCUUAAUGCACAACACAAAAGGUACAAAGCAUUUUUGCCUAAAGCAAAUUCAAAGCAAGGUUGGGUGGUUGCUCCUUUGGUGAAAUGUUUGAGGAUUGUGACAGAAGCCCAAAGGGGAAUGACUGGAGGAUGGGUAACUAUCUUUAUCUAAAAUCUGAAAAUGGAUCUGAGAUGAGGUGUUUCUUCCCUGUUUCUGUGCUUGCUCUCAGUGCCACGACUGGGGGCCAGGGCAAAUGGCUUACAGUGUCCUGGAUGCUUCUCACAGGAUCCAAGGUGCCGCCCCACGGAGACAUGAACCUGGGUUCAGAUCGCCACUCAGCCAUGAAACUCUCAGCCUAAUCUACCUUGCAGGCUUGUUAGAAUAAAAGAGCCGUCUUGCCUUGCCUGCCUCCAUAGAGGUAUCUGCUCAAAUCCAAACUCAACAUGUGGCUAAUAUGUUAGGAGUCAUUCUGCAAAGAAACUGAAAAAGAUGCUUGUAACUUUAAGAACUGUUUCUUUAGUUUAUGGUGUGGUUUUCUGAUCUGAUAGGGUACAGCUGGUUAUGAGUAUAAAGGGAGAUGGAUUGCGAUUUGUUUUUGCCUGCAAAGAGGAUACUCACACAGUGUGUUUGUGCUUGUAAGCUUGUAAAUAAAACUCCGUUUGAGUAUUUUUACACCUCGUGGUCUCUGUCAUCUGCUGCCAAGAGAUACAGCUCCAACAUAAUAAUGUAUUAUCAUGAGUUUGAUCAUACUACAAAAUAUACAAAUCAUAAGCAUCCACAUAUAAUUUAUGCAUAGUUAUGCAAAGGUUCUUAAACAAGAAAUAAUAAGCACAAUAAAUUGCUGUCAGGGAACACCGCGACGAAGGCAGGAUUCCUUUCAAUAGCAAUAUUGUAGAGGUAGGUGCUCCAACGCAGGGAAAAUAUAUUCAAAUCGCUUUGGAAUGCAGCAAUAAACAGCAAACAAUACAGGAACAGAACAGUGUUUCAAGGAUAAGUCAACUGUUUAAAGUCAGUGUUUCAUAGAAUCAUAGAAUCAUAGAGUUGGAAGAGACCACAAGGGCCAUCGAGUCCAACCCCCUGCCAAGCAGGAAACACCAUCAGAGCACUCCUGACAUAUGGUUGUCAAGCCUCUGCUUAAAGACCUCCAAAGAAGGAGACUCCACCACACUCCUUGGCAGCAAAUUCCACUGUCAAACAGCUCUUACUGUCAGGAAGUUCUUCCUAAUGUUUAGGUGGAAUCUUCUUUCUUGUAGUUUGGAUCCAUUGCUCCGUGUCCGCUUCUCUGGAGCAGCAGAAAACAACCUUUCUCCCUCCUCUAUGUGACAUCCUUUUAUAUAUUUGAACAUGGCUAUCAUAUCACCCCUUAACCUCCUCUUCUCCAGGCUAAACAUGCCCAGCUCCCUUAGCUGUUCCUCAUAAGGCAUCGUUUCCAGGCCUUUGACCAUUUUGGUUGCCCUCCUCUGGACACGUUCCAGUUUGUCAGUUUCCAUAGAGGAGCGGGAGAAUAAAUGGAAUGAGUCAUAAUAUGUAAGGUGUGUGACAAACCGGUUAGAAAUGCAUCACAUUUGCCAUCAGUUUUGUUGUCUGAAUCCAACGGUUGUUCCAGAAAGUCCUUGAACCCCAGGUAGAUAUUGCACAAUACAAUAAGAGGGGCAUCUCCACCCAUUUGCCUUACAGGUAUUUACACAGCACAGCAAUCCUUUUACUGCAGUUCAUUGGAGCAAGUCAUUCAAUGUUGACAUAGGAGCCCCAUCCAUAAAAUGCCCUGUGCACAUAAAUCUGGGCGCAAGAAGCACUCAAGCUCAGCCUUGUCCCUAGCCCUACCUUACGACACCAUGGUGCCUCUCCUUGUGCUCUGCCUUCUUUCACCACUCUUAGUUGCCUCUCAGGAUCCAUGUAAGUUAUUUAUCAUUGAUCACAUCCAUUUUCCUACUAUGCUGUUAGGGGCACAAUGAAAGACCAGUACUAUGGAAUGACAUAUCAACUGGGCCAUCGUUUGAUGCUAAUCUAGGGGGGUUAAAAACUUUGCUCAAAAUGUUCUUGCCACAGACUGAUCUUUUAUCAAAAGAAAGAGCUGAGGUGUGUGGAAGAGCUAGUCCCACCCCCCGCAUUUGGACUCCCAUGCUAGCUUUUGAGUGGAUGCAUUUGGUGAUGGGGAACCACAGAAUCAUAGACUAGUAGUAAUCUGUUAAGCCUGCUGUAAGUUCUAAAGGUAGGUUGGCUGAAAUAUACAGUAUUUAGCUAUGUGCUACUGUGUGUGUGUGUGUGUGUGUGUGUGUGUGUGUGUGUGUAGUGCAAUGGAUGAGCCUAAGUCAUGUCCACUAACUUCAAAAGGUCUACUCUUAGUAGGUAAAAAGGGUAAUGGAAAAGGACCCCUGGACGGUUAAGUCCAGUAUGACUAGCAUUGGUAGGCAUACUUUGCAUGGAUCUAUCUAUUUAUCUGUCUGUCUGUCUUUUGGAAAAACACUCGGGAAGGCCACCACCUUCCCAAGACACCGGGGGGGGGGGGUGUGUCUCUCCGGUGGUCACUCUCUGGUUGUAAAUCUUCCUCAGUCCAGAGAGACCGGUGAUAAGCGACCCCUCCCUCCUGAGAGGAGCAUGCUCGUCUUCUGGCAUCUCAUAGCAGAAUAAAGAGUCAAUUAGUAGCUCUAAAACUACUUUAAUUUACACUCUAUAUACAAAGAAUCCAUCAGCAUGUCUGCGCUCUCUCAGCACCAGUACAGAACAGCAUCUCACACAGAAGUGAAACUAACUUUCAACAGAACCCCAACAUUACUGAGACUUCCUGUCUCACACUCUCAGACACUCACAUGUUAUAAACAGCAUAGUGCUACUUGCUGAGCAGCAUGGGUAGAUAAAAUCCUAACAAUAUCAACUGUGCCAUCAUUUGAUGCUAAUCUAGGAGGGUUAAAAACUUUGCACAGAAUGUUCUUGCCACAGACCAAUCUUUUAGCAAAAGGAAGAGCUGAGGUGCACACAAGAGCUAGUGUUUUUUCUCCAUUUAGAUUUCCACGCUAGCUUUUGAGUGGAUGCCUUUGGUGAUGGGGAAUCAUAGAAUCAUAGAUUGGGAGUAAUCUGCUGUAAAUUCUAAAGGUGUUGGCUGAAAUAUACAGUAUUCAGCUAAGUGCUGCUCAGAGUAUAUAUAUUGCAAUGAAUGAGCUUAAGUCAUGUCCGCUAACUUCCAAAGGUCUACUCAUAGUAGGUAAAAGGGGUAAUGGCAAAGGACCCCUGGAAGGUUAAGUCCAGUAGGACUAGCAUUGGGAGGCAUAUUUUGCAUGGAUCUAUCUAUCAUCUGUCUAUCGAUCUACUAUCUAUCUAAACAACCCAGGUAGCUAUGUUGCCCGCCAUGUAAGCAGCAAAAUGCUAUUGCCUUGGUUGUUUUCUACUGCUGGUUGAUCUUCUCUUGACUUUCUUGACUAAAUCUCAACAUGCCACAGGCAGUGGUGAGACUGGGGCCAUUGGUGGUGUGUGUAUGAAAAUGUGCCACUCUUGAUGACACAGAAAAUUGGUGUUUGUUAGUACACCACCUCUAUACUGCACUCAAAUGCAAGUUGUGUGCCCCAUUUUACAAGAGCAGCAUGCACAGCUGCCUUUCUGGACAUAUCUGGGCAGGAGCUAGGGACAGUGCAUCCCAUUUCUUCACUUGAGAUGACAUGGGAAGUACCGCCUUGCCCUGCCCUUCUAGUGACGCCAUACCUGUUGCCACUGUCUCCGCUUCUCCCCCUGCUCGGCUGCCUUGGCUGUGGGUGGAAAAGCAUUGCUAGCACUGAUGCCUAAUUCAGGUACGAUAUUGCUGAAAUGGCCGAAGUUACUGCAUGCUUGCUAGAUCAUUCGUGGUGGAGGAGGCAGGGCAGGUGGGGCACCUGUGAAGCUGCCACCUUUGGAACUUCUGCUGCCUGAGGCAGUUGCCUCCGUUUGCCUAAUGGCAGUUCCCUGCUGGUGCACUGGUGGGGUUGGAGCUGCAAAGCCACCAGUCCAGCACCCAGUUAACAUAAUUAACAAUUUGUUUAGGCCUGAUGAAAGAAGUGCUUCCUCUUGCACAACAACCCAUAAAGCACCUUCUGAAAUUCACUGCCACAAGGUUUGGUGGUGGUACUGCCUUAGAAGGAAUGAAAGUAGAAUUAGAUCAAUCACUGAAGGAGAGGCUCCUCAGUGGCUUUGAGCCAUGUGAGCUAAAAUUUAGAUGCUAAAUGUAACCUCCUAGUUUCAGAGGCACCAUACCUCUGAAGGCCAAGUGCUCAAGACAAACAUCUAGGAGAAGGGUGAUGUCUUCCUGCCCUGUGUGUGACCUUCCUGGACCAGGGCAUCCACUGGACAGUGAGCCCCGUAUUCAAAGCUUUGCUUGAAAAGGAAAAGGAAAAAGAGUAUGUGUCUAGGAUAGGGUUGCCAUAUUUCAAAAACUGAAAAUCUGGACAAAAAAGUUGUUGAGCUUUUAUUGGAAAUUCACAGAAUCGAGACUUCUGACAUCGGUGUCAUAUGUCCAGAUUUUCCUGGACAUUUUAGCGAUUUCUGCCCAGACACUGCUUCCGACUGCAGUAUUCUGGCUAUGUCUGUGAAAUUCUGGACAUAUGGCAAAGUUAGGGUAGUAUUUCGACAACCAAGAAUAUUAGGGAAGAAGUACAGUCUCUCUCUCUCUCUCUCUCUCUCUCUCUCUCUCUCUCUCUCUCUGAGAAAUGUGCUCCCCAGCUUUCAGUGUCCCCCCCCCCUUACCUACCCAUGAAUAAUUGUUUUGGGCACCCAUGUUUCUGAAGGCAUGUAGUAGAUCACUGGAAGGUGAAAACUGGGCAAGAUGGCAUUUUGGCUGGAAAAGCACCUUACUUUUUAGAAACACUUCUAUUAAAAUUUGUUAAUUAUAACAACGGCGCACAUGUAAAGCACCUUGCUUCUGCCGAAGAAGAACAGGAGCUGUAGUUUGUCAAGGGUGCUGAGUACAGUUGUACUAUGAGGGGUGAGCUACAGUUCUCAGGAUUUUGGGUGGAGUCUAAGUGCUUUAAGUAUACUUUAAAUGCAUGGUGUGUACGCAGCCAAGGUCAGAACCAGGAGGACACAUUUCACAUUGUGGUGUGUACUCUUGGGAAUAUGCUGCCCACAGCCAGCAUUACGCACUGAAUGGGACAUCCUGCUUCUAUGGCUUUCCCCCAUUUUGUUCAAUGCCUGAGGGUGCUUCAGUCUCAUCGUUGUAUGAUGUCCUUCUCUCGUCUUCCAGCAGCCUUGAAAUGUAUACAAGGCUAUGAUGCUACCCAAGCUCCGACAGAUUGUAAAAAUGGUUCAGACGCCUGUGUGACCAUCAAGGAUGAGUACACACUGACAGGUAAGGAAGCGUUGGAAGAAGGUGAGGGUCAUGGAAGCCUGACAACUAUCUGGCAUCAUGUGGUUCCUCUUGGAGGCUUUGAGAAUGAUCAGGAAUCAGCAUGACAAUUGACAGGGUCAAUGCCUUGCCCAGUGGUGUGCCGAGGGUUGCUGGCACCCGGGGCAGGCAAGCAGCCAAUGCCUCCAUAGCACACACACCCCUCAUCGGAACCAAGUGGGGCCGUGCUACACCACCUACCUGCCCACACAACUCAGCUCUUCAUGGGCGAACCCCUCUGAUGCUUGUGAAGAAGAGUUCCAUGCUGUACUGUGGUGGCCUCCCUCCACCCACACCCAGUCUGUGAGGGACUGGGCUGCUUUGCUGUCUUCACCUAGGCAAGGUGGAGAUCCCCACAGAAGCCGGAGCCUGUCUGCAGAAUUUUGCACCCGGGGCCACUGCCUUCCUGGUCCACCCACCCUAUGCCACUGGUCUUGCCUCUGGUACGGGUGCUAUUUAGGGAGCCUGUACCUCCCCCUCCUGUGUUUCCGACCUCAGGGCAGUUAUGUCUAAGGUGGUUUUUGGUUCAACCUGCUGGAUGGUAAUGAUGCAACAUGGCUGUGUAUGCCAAUGGCACAAAUCCCUUUACUUAAAAAUACACUACAACACACCUAGCAAAGUUGCAAACAGGAAGCCUUUUCCACAGCUCUACCUUGAGAUGGUGGGAUUGAACCUGGGAACUUGGUCACCAAAAGCAGAUGCUCCUAUGUUUCUAUGAUUAUACUGUGUUCUUGUCUGAUCUAGAGGCUCUUAUACUCUGGGAAGCCAUAUUCCCUUGGGAGAACUUGGAACCAAGGUGGAAGGACAAGGCAGAGUAGAGACAAUAUAGUUAGGCAGAGAAUGAAGGAGAAUUCUGGGGGAUGGGGUCUCUUGACCUGCUGUUUGUCUUUUUUUAUCUUCCGGUAAACAGACCCAAAGUUUAAUGCAACAUUCUAUACAUGUGGGAGAAUUUUUUCUUGUGCCCAUGCUUUUACCAUCACCAUAGCAGAUGGGAAAUACUUGCGUCACACCUCGGCUUGCUGUACCACAGAUGGCUGCAAUGCAAACUUAAAAUGGGGAGGUAAGUCAUCAUCUGCCCCCUCUCUGACAACAGAAUUACAAAUCUGGGUCCCUCCAGAUGUCAUUUUCCUUGUGCACCCAGGUUGAUUUCUGCUCAUGGUGCUAUUGGGGCGGUUUCAAUCAUGUUUGUGUGUGCAAAGGUUUUGGGCUAGUCACAUGGCUUCAUUUCCAAUCAGUGCGCAUCUCAUUACUUCCUGUGGAACCCCCUUAACUUUUCAUUCUACAAAUGUAUUGGUUUAUGUUUUCCCCACUUUUGUUGCUCUAUAGCCAGCCCCUCCAGCCAGUGAUAACAAUGUAGUAGAAUCAGGGAAGCAUCACUGAACAAAUGAAAGCAGGAUAAAUCCGUCAUGAAUGCAGUGUUAUUGUUUCAAGAACACACUGCAAAAAGAAAUUAGAAAUUGUUAUAACGAAAGAAAAAAACUCUAUGUAAAAUCGUGUAGAAAAGUUUUCUGCUCUAUGGUGCCAUCUGGUGUCACAGCAUUAUAACAAAUGUAAAACGUUCUUUCUUUACUAAUGUUUCUUUAUUACUAAUGUAUUCUUUAUUCUUUAUCUGAGUCCAUACACAAUUUGCAUUUGAAAUUGGUAGGAAUAGCAUGGAGUGUAUGAAGUUUUAGUCCCUCUACCUGUUCUCAUCCUAAUGUAAGGCAGGCAAAAAAGUUGUUUCUGGACCUCAUUCUUUCUGACAAUGAAAAUGUUAGAAGAAAACAACAUCAAAAUAAAGUGUUUGUGGGGGAAUGGGCUCAGUGGGUGCCUGCAUGUUGCCAACCACCACCGCCCCCUCAGUUUGGGAAUGCCGUCCAUAACAAGCAGGUGUUCUUAGACAGGUGUGGGGAACCAGUGGCACUCCAGGUGUUGCUUAACUGUACCAUCCUUCAGCCCCAACAAGCAUGGCCAGCGGGCAAGGAUGUUGUGAGCUGGUAGUUUACCAACAUCUGGAGGGCCAAAGUUAGCCCACACCUGGCGUGAGAAGAAGGAACUCUGAGUGUGGGACAGGAUUGUGUGGGGAGAAGCUGACCUCCUGAUAAUGGUGUUUCUGCGGCCUGCCUGGAAGAGAUGAGGGUAGGUUCAGAAAGAUGUGGGUCUACAGUGAGCCAGUCCAGAGCUUCUGCUGUUGCAUUCACACAACUCCAACCUCCUGCAUCCUUUUCCUGCUCCAUCAUGUGCAAGUACUCCAUGUACUGCUGUUUCCCAUCUCACUUCUAGCACACACCAGUAGCAGCCACUGUGAUGUGAUGGAUCAGGCAGGGCAGUUGCAUGGGUGCUUGGUGGUCCUCCAUACAGAUAAACGGCAGAAAUGCCAGCAUUAGGAGGGUUGCUUCACCCCAAGACACUGGCUGCUACCGGUGCAUGUGUGAAUCAGGCCUGUCAAGGUACCAUCAAGCCUCUUCUUAGAUUCCUAUUUAGAAAUCCCCACACCGCUUGCUUCUCUCUUCUUUGCUUCCUAGUUCCUCCAGCUUCUUCUAGAAAGAAUGGGCUCGUUUGCCCAAUUGGAUGUUUUGCUGAGACAGAGGAAAGUUGCAAUGGCGGAAAAGUCUCAUGCACAGAUGCGGAAAAUACUUGCAUCAACGUAACAGGGAUCUAUGGCCCUAAGGAAGGUACUUAGCAGGGGAGGAAGAGGGAUUGUGUGGGGUAGAGGGAACAGGUGGGAGGAGAAUGCUGUCUCUGGAGCUUCCAGAGGUGGUCCAACCAUGAGCCAAGAUGAGAUGGACACCUCAGGUGGCAGAGCGAGAGACCUGCUGCCCUGAACCUCAAGUAAGAGUCUUCCAGGGUGUUCUCUGUGUGCAUUGUCCUUUGGUGCACUAAAAUGUUUUGGGUGAGGGAUUGAAUCUGGGCUCCUUCACAUAAGUCAUUUUCAAAUGAGUAGAACCUUGAGAUGAGAUUAUCAAGCUAAAUGUUUGAACGUUCAGAUUGGCCAAAUAAGGAAGUCUUGUAUGAGUCAGAAUUAGGUACAUGUAAAGAAAUAGAAGGCACAUUUCAUCAUAUGUGAUGGACUUGUAGAGCAGCUAAAGGAUUUUGGGAGAUGAUACGCAAUGAGAUGGAAAAUAUAUAUUAAGAGGACUCUCCCAAAAAGACCAGAAGCUUUUCUUCUAGCGAUAAUUGGACCAGGUGUACCAAAGAAUCAAAGAAUCAAAGACAAGACAGCUUUCAAGGAGGAUCGGAAAAUGUUUAUAGAUUAUUUUUAAAAUAUUGUAAACAUGUUAAAAUGCUAGCAGGUUUGGAGUAAGCUCACAGCAAAAGUUUUUUUGAGAAUAAGGUGGAGAAAAAAAGGUAUAGAAUCAUUAUAAUAUGCAGCAGCAAAAGAUAAUUUGAGAAAACCAAGGAAGGGUGGAAGGGAAGUUGAUUACCAAGGGAAUAUUGGAAAAUUUUUCACUAGUUGUAUUUUAUUUUUCGAAAUUUAUAAAUAAAAUUUAUAAACAAACAAACAAACGAAUAAACAUUCUUUGCCUAGUACACAGUUAAAUGAUGGGAUUCGAUCUUAUAAGACAUAGUGAUGAUGGCCACCAUGUUGGAUGAUUUUCAAAAAGUAUUGGACAGAUUCAUGGAGGAUAAGACUGUCAAUGACUAUUAACCAUGUCUACUUGCAGAUUCCAAGUCAUUUGUCAUGAAGGGUUGUGGAACAAGCAACGUGGGUGAACUCUAUAGCCUAAUCGGGUUCAUUAACGGAACCUACUACCAAAUGCGAACCGCAGUAUGGAAGUCUGCUAAAUCCUCCAGCACCAAGCAUAUCCUGGGGAAGAGUUCCUUCCUCCUCCUGCUACCCAGUAUCUCCAGCAUUCUCUUUAUGAAGUUUCUCUCCUGA